UUCCUUCCUAGUCACAACCAUGCAUCCUUCGGUCUGGUACCGCGAUGAUUUUGGCCCCCGCUUGUCGCCUGCCUGCCGGUUAGUCUAUAAUCGGUGGAGUGGCAUCGCCGACACUGACCUUCCUGCGCACUUACACCGCGUCCGCGAUCGAGCUUGGCCCGUCGGACAAUACCCCUGCAUCGGCCAAUGGAUGUUUCUGCUGCCCGGGCUGGCAGGCUUCCCCGAAUUCCCCUCGAUGGUCGACCUCGUGCGACAACGAGAGGCCACCGUGCUCGACCUGGCGUGUGGACUGGGCCAGGACCUGCGGCUGCUCGCCGCCCACGCCGACGGGGCCCCGACGGCGCGCUGGUGGGCGCUGGACCUGGAACCCCGCCUGUGGGAACUGGGCUACGAGCUGUUCGGCGACCGCGAUCGCAUGGCCGCGCACUUUGUGGCCGGCGACUUUCGCACGCUCGACCUCACCGGCGACUCGCCGCUGGGCCCCCUCCGCGGCCACGUGGACCUGAUCAUCGCGAAUCAAUUCAUCCACCUGUUCGACCAGGCCGAUCAGCGGGAGGUGAUCCAGCGGAUUAUGGGGCUGUCGCGCCCGGGCACGAUGGUGGUGGGAUUCCAGCAGGCCCGGCGACAGCCCCGCGCGGAUGCACGCCCCUGGGGCACCAUGUUCUUUCAUAGUCGGGACUCGUUCGUCGCACUGUGGGAAUCGGUCCAGCACGACACGGCCACCGAAUGGACCGUGCAGGUGCGCGAGGUGGAUCUACGGCGCGAUUGGGGUUUGCAAGAGGAAGAUGUGGCCUGGAUGCCCGCCGAUCAAGUCGGCAUAGAGUUUGUCUUUGUCCGUAGCCACUAGCAGCUCCAACAAAUGGAACAGAAAAUCAUGAUCAUAAUACAACAAACUCAAUCAGACGAGAUUUUUUCUCAACUGGACGGGAACGCCGGGAGCAG